CGUCCUACCUAUCAUACAGUUUUUGGGUUUCGGGGCGUCACAUCGUGUGCUUUUCAGACUUCAGUGCGGUCCCAACACAAACUCUACCUACUCAUCAACCAUGAACUCCUUGAGGAUAUGUUUUUGCUUAUUUUUGACCGUCGGAUGGGCAUGGAGCUUACCAUCCGGUAUGGACUCCCAAUCCGUCGGCCACAACUCCAUUCAGGCUAAAGAGGAUUUAUUGGAAGGCAUCUACAGCGACUGCAUUAACAAAGGCUCCGUGUCAUGCAUCAAGUACAAGUUAUUCGCUUACGUCGACAAGGCAUUAAACAAGGACGAGAUAAACUUGACCCAAGGAGUGACAGUGGUCAGGUCCGCUGGAAGCCCAGGAGACGGUGCCCCACGAUCAUUGGACGGUGGAGAUGAACAACCCAAGGACAUGGAAUCCCUGGUCGUCAAACGCGUCGUACGUUAUUUGAACGAACACUCCAUCAAGGUCGACAUCAAGGGAGCCGAUAUGGUCAACGCCGUGUCCAGAACUGGAAAGUCCAUCAGCGAUAUGGUCAGCCAAUUGAUCGGAGACGACGAAGAAGUUGACUCGUCCGAAGAAAACCGUGGAAUCAAGAAGAAGAAGAAGAGCAAGCACGUGCUCCUGCAUCUGUUGACCCUCCUCAAGAUCAAAAUGGCCGCCAUCCUUCCAUUCGCCAUCGGUAAGAUUGCCCUGAUCGCCGGUAAGGCUUUGUUGUUCGGCAAGAUCGCUUUGGUCCUGUCCUUGAUCGUUGUCCUGCAAAAGAUUCUCAGCAAACAACACGAGAAGACCGUCACAUACGAGGUGAUCCCACAACACCACCACGAAGUUCACGGAGGACACGACUCAUACGGUAGUGCCGGCGCUGCCGACAUCCCAUCCGGCGGAUACGGCGGUGGCUACGGAGGUGGUUCAUCAAGCGGCAGCGGUUGGGGACGCAGCAUCGACUCCCAACAAAUGGCCUACAGCGCCCAAGCACCGCAGACUUCUCAAUAAACGCACAUGCCAAACUGGAAGUUCUCGAGUUGACGACGUAUAUGAUAAUAUCAUCAUCACAUAUACCUACACCAACAUCGUGUAAUACCGGCGGUGCAGUUCACACUAAAACCCCGACGACAAUCAAAGUUCAAACGAGCCAUCGAAACGCGAGCUACACUACACAGAAACGCUCAUUAAACUUAUUUGUACAUUAUUUAUUUAUUAUUUAUAUAAUAUUUAUAUUGAUUUAUUUCAACACUGUUUGAAACGUUCAUACUAUAUUUUGAUGUUUUCGAAAAA